CAGUUUUGUUUUUUUUUUGGCUUGAAUCUUCCAUUUUUUUUUGGCUUUCAUUUGUUGAAAUCUUUCUACUUUAUAUUUGUGUCUUCCGUUGUUUGGCAGCAAAUAUCAUCGAAUUUAACGACAAACGAAAUAAUAAUAAUAAAAAUCUCAUUGUCGUUAAUAAUGUCAACACGUUGAUUUUUAUUUCGAGAUUGUCAUCUUUUUAUUUGGUGUCUACUUGUUUUGAUUGUCUUUUUUUUUGGUGACAUCAAUUAUCAGCAAGAAGUAAAAAAUAGAAUAAAAUCUAAAAUUUACGACCAAUUUGUCAAGAUAAUAUACAUACCUGCUGUUUGUGUGCAUUGUGUUUGUUUUGUUCCAAUUUGGAACAGAAAUCUUAAUUUUUAUUUUGUGUUUAAAAUAAUUACAAAUACCAUAAAUUAUCACAGCUGCUGUUGUGGCGUUAUUUUUAACUUACAAUUGAUAUUGACAUUUGAACAUAGCCAACGAUCAAAUAUUAUAUCCAAACAACAACACAAUGGCAUCAAUGUCUUCCUUUGUUGAUUUUUUUAGUAAAUCGAAAAAAGUAGGCAAUAAUAAAAAUACAUUUCGACCAAAGAAAAAAUUCGAACCCGGAACAUUACGAUAUUCAUUACAUAAACAAGCGAUAGCUAGUCUAAAUUCGGGCAUUAAUCUUCGUGAGGUUGUUAAACUACCACAAGGCGAAGAUCUAUGCGAUUGGAUCGCUGUACAUGUUGUCGAUUUUUUUAAUCGUAUAAAUCUUAUCUAUGGUAUUGUAACCGAUUAUUGUACGGAUGAAUCAUGUCCACGUAUGUCCGGUGGACAUAAAUAUGAAUAUCUAUGGGCUGAUGGUGUUAAUUAUAAAAAACCAGUGCCACUACCUGCGAAUAAAUAUAUUUCAUUAUUAAUGGAUUGGAUUGAAACACAGAUCAAUAAUGAAUCAUUAUUUCCAACAAAAAGUGAUGUUCCAUUUCCGAAAACAUUUUUACCAACUUGUAAGAAAAUUCUUGCUCGUCUAUUCCGUGUAUUUGUACAUGUCUAUAUACAUCAUUUUGAUCGAUUGAUGGCCGUCGGUGCUGAAGCUCAUUGUAAUACUUGUUAUAAACAUUUUUAUUAUUUUGUCAAAGAAUUUGAUCUUGUCAAUGCUAAAGAAUUUGAACCAUUGGCCGAUAUGACACGAAGAUUAUGCGAUACAAGCCGUGGAUUAUUACAGAUUAAUAUGCUCAGUGGUAGCGGUGGUGGUGGUGGUGGUGUGGCAAUAACGGUGAUUAUGGAUCACAUCAUAAUCAUCACCAUCAUCAUCAUCAUCAUCAACAACAACAACAACAACAACAACAUCAUAAUAAUGAUAAACAUCAUAAUGGCAGCAGCAGUUGUUAUGUACGGCAACAGUUAG